AUACGACGCAAACCAGUUGCUUGAGCGAAGACCAGUACUGCUUCGACUACCGACAGAAAAGUCAUGAAGCUGCAAGAUUAUGUCAAAUAUCUCGUUUGUAUUUUCGUAGUGAAUUUCGGUACAACCUUUUGCAACAAAAGCAUCAUCAUUUCUCCUCUCCGUUCCAUCGAUGAUCAAAUUACAUCCAGACAUGAACGCAGUGUUUUGGAUUUACUUUUUGGAAGGUUCCGAACCUGUGGUGCCUGUUUAUGCGGCCGACCAAAUCGUAAAGCAACGCGAUUAUUGGGUGGUGAAUAUACAGAAUCGCAUGAAUUUCCCUGGCUUGCAAAUAUUCACGCAAAAUCCAAGAUAAGUAGUGGAGUAUUAAUAAAUGAUCGUUAUGUCAUGACAGCAGCUAGCCAAGUUAUUGGAACAACAGCACCCGAAAUAAAAAUAUCCUUGGGAGAAUAUGACAGAUGCACGUUGGACGUUUCAUCAGUAAAUGUUAGCGUUGAAUCCAUAACUUUGCACCCAGAAUUCAAUCCGGAUUCGCAUACUCACGAUUUAGCUUUAAUUCGUUUAAGUCGGCCAACUAAAUUUGAGAAAAGAAUAUCGCCAGUAUGUUUACCUAAUCCAGGAUCAACUUAUCUUGGCCAAGUUGGAACUUUAAGUGGCUGGACUAUAAGCAAAUCCGAAGAUGAUAUUGACACUUGGACAUGUAGACCACGAAAAUUAGGACUUCCCAUUCUAGGAUAUAACGAAUGUAUAAAAUCAGGAAUGAAUCCGACGAAUUUCAAUGACGAUUACGGAUGCAUCGGCGUUGUGGGUACAAGUUCUCUGGUGUGCGAGAAUGAUAUCGGGUCUUCUGUGCAAUAUCGAUCAUACUCUGGAGUUUAUGACCUUAUUGGUAUUAUUCCAAGCGUAAAUAAAUGCGAUAAUGUUACUAGACCAACUGUCUUUACGAAAAUUGGUCCGCGCCUCGAUUGGAUAUUGCAACACACUAAAGAUGCGUGUUAUUGUACCAAAUAAUAACAUGCUAAUUUUCUUAAUCAUGCUAUGCAAAUGUUUUAUUCCAUAAAUAUAAUAUAUUGAUAAUAAUAUUUAUUAUUGAUGUAUAUCUGUUGCUAUAAUUUAUAUUCUAAAGAAAGCAUCUGAAAUCAUUUUUCAUAUCAAAGUAUCUCAAAC